AUGUCGUGCAUUCAUGCUAUAGCAGCAAUAAAAAAAUGGCAUGAUACUCCCCAUGAUUAUGUCCAUCCAUGGCCAUGUAUGGAGUCCAUUAGAAAGACAUAUGAGCACUUCAUCCAGCCAGUAACGAGUGAGGAAUAUUGGACAAGGUCUGAGUUUACUAAGCCUGCUCCACUUGUAUUAAAAAGGCCAAUUGGACGUCCCAAGAGUGUGGAACAGAGUCCCCCUGCUGCUACGAACCCUCCUCAUGUUGAACAGAAUUCUGCUAAUCAUGCAGUUGCUAAUGAGGGUAAUUCGAAUGCAAAUGCUGCACCGAUGCUUGAGCAAGAAUCUGGCCCCUCAGUUGCAGCGGUUGCGACACAAUCAAUGCCUCCAAAAGCACUAUUCAGACCCCCAGCCCAGUCUGCAUCACGCCUUGCCCCAAGGACAUUUAGGCCUAAGCAAUCAGUUAGGAGGAAGCCUGUGACAAAGAAACCCUCGGAGCCUGUGCCACCUACCCCGAGUGAACAGCAUCUCCCCUCACCACAACAACCAACUACAUCAGGAGCAUCUCCACAGACUUUGGCAGCAGCAGGCAAAGCAACUCAACGGCUGUUUAAGUUCAUCCCCACUCCAGGACUAAACAAGCCAAGUAGUUAA